UCAGUGAAAGAAGACAGACGCCCUAUUUUGCGGCCGACUGUAAUGGGAAGAUUGUUCAACCAAUUUCAGGACAAAAAUUGGCUGUGAAGAACACGGUUUGGCUGCAGCAGAUCCACAGAGAGGAGCCUGUUCACAUUUCACCGCUGGUGCAAGACAAUGGAGACAGAAAUCGAGCAGCAGGAAGAAGAGACCACGUUCAGCAACACUGACACUAACGGUAAACGCCCUGCCGAGGACAUGGACGAGGAGCAGGCCUUCAAGCGCUCUCGCAACACAGACGAGAUGGUUGAGCUGCGGGUACUGCUGCAGAGCAAAAAUGCUGGCGCCGUUAUCGGAAAGGGUGGCAAGAAUAUAAAAGCCUUACGCACAGACUACAAUGCCAGUGUAUCAGUCCCUGACAGCAGUGGCCCAGAGCGGAUCCUGAGUGUGAGUGCAGAUAUUGACACUAUCGGAGAGAUUCUGCUGAAGAUCAUCCCUACUCUGGAAGAGUACCAGCAUUAUAACGGGAUUGAUUUUGACUGCGAGCUGCGUUUGCUGAUCCAUCAGAGUUUGGCCGGGGGAAUCAUCGGGGUGAAAGGUGCCAAGAUAAAGGAGUUAAGAGAGAACACCCAGACCACCAUCAAGCUGUUCCAGGAGUGUUGUCCUCAGUCCACUGACCGUGUGGUUCUGGUUGGAGGGAAGCCAGACCGUGUUGUUGAAUGCAUCAAAGUUAUCCUGGACCUGGUAUCUGAGGCUCCUAUCAAAGGGCGCGCCCAGCCCUAUGACCCCAACUUCUACGACGAGACGUAUGACUACGGCGGCUUCACCAUGAUUUAUGAAGAGCGGGGCCGGCGGCCCAUGGGGGGCUUCCCCAUGCGGGGCAGGGGGGGCUUUGAACGCAUGCCCCCCGGCCGCGGGGGACGACCUAUGCCCCCCUCCAGGCGGGACUAUGACGACAUGAGCCCUCGUCGGGGACCGCCCCCUCCCCUGCCAGGUAGAGGAGGGCGUGGAGGGAGCCGGGCUCGAAACCUGCCCCUCCCCCCACCACCACCCCCAAGAGGAGGAGGGGACCGGUUCUCCCACCAGAGUUAUCACGGCAACAUGGACGACAGACCAAACAGCGACAGGAGAGGAAGACCAGGAGACCGCUACAACAGCAUGAGUGGUGGAUAUGGUGACAACAAUUCUUCGUGGGAGCCCUUUCAGUCUGGUGGCCGAGGGUCAUACAGUGACAUCGGGGGUCCCGUCAUCACAACACAAGUGACCAUCCCCAAAGAUCUGGCCGGCUCCAUCAUCGGGAAGGGCGGCCAGCGGAUCAAGCAGAUCCGUCACGAGUCGGGAGCGUCCAUCAAGAUAGACGAGCCACUAGAGGGCUCAGAGGACCGCAUCAUCACCAUCAAUGGAACACAGGACCAGAUCCAGAACGCCCAGUAUCUACUGCAGAACAGGCAUGUGCUAGCACCCUUUCCUCUUCUCCGGUGAAAGCAGUAUGGUGGAAACCUAUUCAACCCGUCACCUAUCAGUGUGUGAAGCAGUACUCUGGUCGGUUCUUCUAAACAGGAAAGUGGAGUGAAGCCAAACUGCCAUGCGCAUUCUCUCCCUCAGAGCCAACAUUCCCCUGCUUUGGGUAGAUGUGCUCUCCCCCGGUCAUUUAACACACCAUCUUUUAAUUAGAAGAAGUUUGGAAAUUCUCUCAAAGCUGUUGAAUGAAUCCCUGUUAUUUUUUGCGCUGCUUGUUUUUUUCCUGGAUUCUUGUGCUGUUCUGUACUUGGAGUAAACUCAUGUGUUCUCUCUCUGCCUCCCCUGAGCCACUCCUCCCCCCAGUCAGUACAGCAUGCAGAAUGUAAUCUUGUUUUGUAAGGAACAUUUUAUGAUUAAAAAAAUAAAUGUAGGUUCUUUUUGCUUAUUUUUUUUUUAACUGAAAGACUAGGUGCUGUAUAAAAACUGAAAUAUACAGUAAUCAUUGUUUUAUUUUGUUGGUUAUCUGAUGGGGCCAAAAGGAAAAGUACUGUUGAUUUUAAUUUCAGUGUAAGUUUUCUACCUGAUUUCAGAUGUUUAACAAGCCACUCAUAGGGAUUUAGACUUGCUUUUGAGUCAGUUUGUAAGCAUUUGUUACAUUUUAGAUGGGAUCUUUGUAGACGCCAGUCAGUUUGCAAGGGAAAUGUAGCCUUUCUGUCCAUAUGAGUGGCAUGUUCGCUCUACCCCUGUCUGUAGUAUCUGCUGGAAGUCUGAGUAAUAAAAUCUGUGCCACCUUUUA